AUGGAAUACGAGAAAGGCCAAAUGACGGGUCGUUCCCGGAUUAAUCGCAAUUGCCGGCGACCCUUCCCAAUGGCAAGUUACAUUCAAUUCAUCAACUACUUGACAAUGUCUCCAACUGGAAGCCAGAAACGACGUCGCCGUCAGCCAGCACCCGUUGAAGCGAGUCCACCAAAAGAACAAUUCUCCGAUGUCUCGAGUCCACAAGUGCGCAACUUACUCGUCCAACUUGCACAAGGAGGUCCAAUUCAAAGUCUCGGAAUGAUCCCUCCACUCUCCAUUCACGACGACACUCCAUCGACCGCCAAAAGUCCUCGAACCAACACAAUGAACAAAAAGAACAAUCAACCUGGAAAAAGCUCUCAAAAAUCCCCAGCAGCCUCGACUUCCACGAGUCAACAAGGCCAACAAGGCAAAACGCGGAGAACCCUCAUCUUUGAGUCAUCCAAGAUGCCUUCUACUUCGAAAGCUCAAGAUUUCCCAAACAAGUCAUCUCCGCCGAAAGCCACAUCUGUCGCUCAACGUAUGUGCAAAAAAGACGACAAUACAAUGUCUUUUCCCCAAGAUGAUUUCCAGCCAUUUUUCGAUUCGGAAACCCCACUCACUUUUGAGAGAACCAAACAACAACAGCAACAGCAGCGAGUCCGCAUACAAUCAUCGAACCAUCCCGGCUUCAAACUCCCUCAGGCUAUUCUCGAUGAUUUGUGCUUUCGAUUUUUGCUGAAUAUUCCCGAAGAUGAGCAACGCGAUGAAGUGCGUGUUUGUUUCCAAAUCGAGUUGGCCCUGUGGAUGUAUCUCGAUUUUCAUUGCAAGGAGCGAGCGGAUUGCCAUGAAGUUGGAAUGCGAGAUUUCACAAGACAAAUGUUCGGCAACUGUGAUUUCCUCAAAAAUUCGGUCAAGGAUGUCGACAAGGUGGUCGACAACUGGCGCCUCUACAAGUCAAAUGUGCCCACAUACGGAGCGAUUCUUCUUGACUCAUCGUUGAACCACGUUCUCCUCGUACAAGGCUACUACUCGAAGAACAGCUGGGGAUUCCCAAAGGGAAAAGUCAAUGAGAAAGAGCACCCAAGAAACUGUGCGAUUCGUGAAGUCUAUGAAGAGACGGGUUACGAUUUUGGAAUGGAUCGCUCGAAUGGAGGAGAAGCCAAGCUUCAGAAAUUUUUGGGCGAUACAAUGGUCCGCCUCUACAUUGUUCCCGAUGUUCCAAUCGAUUUCGACUUUGCUCCGACUACAAGAAAGGAAAUCCGAAAAAUUCAAUGGUUCAAAGUUUGGGAUCUUCCAACGGACAAAUAUGACAAUGUUCAAAAGGGAAACACGAAUCGAUUCUACACUGUUUAUCCAUUUGUCACCGAUCUACAAGCUUGGAUCAAAAGAGAGCAGAAUCGAAGAGCAAAAGUUGCUUCAAAGGGACCCAAAGGACCACAAGGGAAAGUGUCAGCUCUCCGAUCGAAAGAUCGUCAAAGUGCCUUCACCCCAGUUGUGCCAAAAACGGUCAGUGAGAAAAUUACAUCGGCAAUGGAACUGAUGACCAAUCCAGAGCUUUCUCCCACAACUUCCACUCCACGAGCCUCACUUUCAGAGGAAUCUCGGAAAAUGUUGCCUGCUGAUGCUCUUUUCAGACCUGUGGGCAAUGAGCCGAAAGGAUUGAGUGGCAGCGCCUUCAUGCACUUUUUCUCGACGCCCCCCUCAAACAUUUCGCAAUCCCAAAAGCAACUUGCUCAGCCAAUUCCUUUGAAGCCAAAACUUGGCUCGCCUGUCUACCUGGCUCCAAAAGAAGAAAUCGCAAGUGUUCAGAAGACGAAGCCAAAGAAAGGCAAAGAGGUCAACAACCCGAGUACCUCCCAGCACACAACAGCCUCGGAAAUGGAAGCUGAAUUGUUGAGACUUCUUGGAAAAGAUUUGGCUUCUGAUGUUGUACAAAGUGAUCCAAAUGAGGACAGCCAAGCGGAGAGCAGCAGUGGGGAAACGAUUGGGAAAGAUGAAGAUGAUGCACAAGACUCGGCCAGUUCUUCCUCUGCUCUGAUGGCUCAAGAGAUCCCACUUACCGCGGCCAUCAUCGCUGCUGAGAAGGAAGCUUCUGAACAACAUCGACUCCAACAAGAGCAACUUCAACAAGCACUCACCGCUGUGGUUCGGGCACAAGCCGCUCAACAAAGAGCCCUCGCCUCUGUUCAAGCACAACAACAAUCGCCAAGGAUGGCAGCCGCACAAGUGUCACAUGGGAGUGUGGGAAGUGCACCGAGAUCUCGUCGUGUCUCUCAUGCAUCUCAACUCUCCUCUGGUGCUGUCGGGUCUCCUCUUCCCGUCUUCUCACCUCCUCGACUCGAUUUCUCAUUUUUCACCCCUGCCUCCACCUCUAGCAGCAUGUUCGGACUAAACUCGGGACACCAUUCAAACACAAAUGCUGGUCAUUUCCUCGGACAUCGAUUGAACAGUCAGCCACAAAUCUCUCAAUAUCCAACACCGUCGGCUCCAAUUGAUGUGCAACUCUGUGAGGCGUGGAAAGAUUUCAAGCUAGAUGCCAACGCGAUCCUCUCCGGUCUACCU